AUGACUGAGCAGUCUGGAGAUGGCUCACUCAACAAGCGACCAACCUUUGGUCAGUGGCUGAAGAUCAGCUGGCCAGACCUAUUGACAUAUCUCGUAAUGGGCGCCAUUGGGCUGACCGUCUUUAACCUCCCGCCUGCGCAAACCCGACGCUUCAGGGUGUACACCUUUGACGGCUCGAUUAGCAGCCCUGAGAUUGCGUACCCCUACGAGAAGGCGCAUAUUCCCACCUGGCUUUCAGCCCUUCUGUCGCUUACUGUUCCAACCAUUGUCUUCCUGCUACUCCAAAUCCGAGUCCGGUCAUUUUGGGACUUCAACAAUGCCAUAUUCGGCAUGCUCUACGCCCUCCUAACUGCGGCUGUCUUCCAGGUCAUCCUCAAGUGGAUAAUCGGAGGUCUACGUCCUCACUUUCUGGCCGUCUGUCAGCCGGACAUCCCACGGAUCAUAAGCGGCUCGCAACUGGGCACAGGGUAUGAUGGGAUGUACUACGAAGCCAGCAUCUGUACGGGCGACCGAGCGCGGAUCAAGGAGGCGCUGCAAUCUUUCCCAUCAGGUCACACUGCUGCCGCGUUCUCGACAGGCCUCUUCACUACGCUCUAUCUCAACGCGAAACUGAAGCUUUGGGCCAACUGCCGGCCCGUAUAUUGGAAGCUCAUUGUCGCGCUGUUACCGCUACUAGGCGGCGUGCUCAUUGGCGGUCAACUCAUCAUAGAUGGAUACCAUCACUGGUACGACGUUAUUGCGGGAGCUGGCAUUGGCAUCGUGACUGGAAUCGGCGCCUACAGAACGGUAUACGCGGGCGUUUGGGAUUGGCGCUGCAACCACAUCCCGCUUGUACGGAGCUGCCCAUACGAGCACGCACAUCUUCAAGGUGCAUCAGCGACGCGGAAAGCUAGUUGGAGAGGUGCGGCGGCAACGGAGAGCAACGCAACUUAA